UGACAGAUUGACAACGUUUUGUUGUUUUUUGUUUAUAUUUUUAGAUUUUCCAGCUGAAAUCAAGGAAAAAACUGAAAAAUCUUCGAUGGCGUCGUCUCUGGAAAACCUGGAGGCCCAACUGGAAAUGUUUAUCGAGAAUGUUCGACAAAUUCACAUAAUCGUCAGCGAUUUUCAGCCCCAAAGUCAAAAUGUCCUCAAUCAGAAACUCCAAGCUAUGGUGCAUGGACUGCAAGAAGUGGACAAAUUGAAGGCGCAGGUGCAAGACGUCCACGUCCCUCUGGAAGUUUUCGAUUACAUCGACCAGGGCCGGAAUCCGCAACUCUACACGAAAGACUGUAUCGAAAAGGCGCUGGCCAAGAACGAACAAGUGAAAGGCAAGAUCGAUGCGUAUCGAAAAUUCAAGGCCAACAUGCUGCUCGAACUCAGCCGAUCUUUCCCGACCGAACUGAGCAAAUACCGAGCACUGAGGAGCGACGAGUAAUUUUAGAAUUAAUGAACAUGUAAUUUUUUUUUGGAAAAUAAAUUUUCAUAGAUGGCGCUAGUA